UUGGCGGUUGGCGCUUGUGGCUGGGCGGGUGCCCAGGACGGUGGCGGAGCCGGAGCUGUAGGGGCCAUGGAGGAGGAGAUCGUGUCCGAGAAGCAGGCGGAGGCGAGCCACCGGCAAGACAGCGCCAACCUGCUCAUCUUCAUCUUGCUCCUCACCCUCACUAUCCUCACCAUAUGGCUCUUCAAGCACCGACGGGCCCGUUUCCUGCACGAGACUGGCCUGGCCAUGAUCUACGGGCUUUUGGUGGGCUUGGUUCUUCGAUAUGGCGUUCAUGUUCCGAGUGAUGUUAAUAAUGUGACAUUAAGCUGUCAAAUGCAGACAAGUCCAGCUACCUUAUUAGUGAAUGUUAGUGGAAAAUUUUACGAAUAUACACUGAAAGGAGAGAUCAGUUCACAUGAACUCAAUAACGUUCAAGAUAAUGAAAUGCUUAGGAAGGUAACUUUUGAUCCCGAAGUAUUUUUCAAUAUACUACUUCCUCCGAUUAUAUUUUAUGCAGGAUACAGUCUGAAACGGAGACAUUUCUUCCGAAACCUUGGGUCGAUCCUAGCAUAUGCUUUUCUUGGGACAGCCAUUUCUUGUUUUGUGAUAGGGUCAAUUAUGUAUGGCUGUGUAACCCUGAUGAAAGUAACAGGACAGCUUGGCGGUGACUUCUACUUCACUGACUGCUUGUUGUUUGGCGCCAUCGUAUCAGCAACCGAUCCAGUGACUGUUCUUGCCAUAUUCCACGAACUUCAAGUUGACGUUGAACUCUACGCGCUUCUCUUUGGGGAGAGUGUCCUUAAUGAUGCUGUUGCUAUAGUGCUGUCUUCUUCCAUCGUGGCAUACCAGCCAGCUGGAGACAAUAGCCACACGUUUGACGUGACAGCCAUGUUUAAGUCUAUUGGAAUCUUCUUGGGGAUAUUCAGUGGUUCCUUUGCCAUGGGAGCUGCCACAGGAGUGGUCACGGCUUUGGUGACGAAGUUCACCAAACUGCGAGAGUUCCACUUGCUGGAAACAGGCCUGUUCUUCUUGAUGUCCUGGAGUACUUUCCUUCUGGCCGAAGCCUGGGGUUUCACUGGUGUAGUUGCAGUCUUGUUUUGUGGCAUCACACAAGCACACUACACAUACAAUAACUUGUCACCGGAUUCGCAGCAUAGAACCAAGCAGUUGUUUGAGCUUCUCAAUUUCUUGGCGGAAAAUUUCAUCUUCUCAUACAUGGGACUGACACUCUUCACUUUCCAGAACCACGUCUUUAACCCGACUUUCGUGGUGGGUGCUUUCCUUGCCAUUUUCUUGGGAAGAGCUGCCAAUAUUUAUCCAUUGUCCUUUUUACUUAAUUUGGGCAGAAGAAAUAAGAUUGGAUCAAAUUUUCAACAUAUGAUGAUGUUUGCUGGCCUUCGUGGCGCCAUGGCCUUUGCUUUGGCCAUUCGGGACACUGCCACCUAUGCGAGGCAGAUGAUGUUCAGCACGACGCUCCUGAUUGUGUUUUUUACUGUGUGGGUGUUUGGUGGGGGCACCACGGCCAUGUUGUCAUGUCUGAACAUCCGGGUUGGAGUUGAUUCAGACCAGGAUCAUCUGGGCUUCCCAGAGAGUGAAAGAAGGAACACAAAAGCUGAAAGCGCUUGGCUCUUCAGGAUGUGGUACAACUUUGACCAUAACUAUCUGAAGCCGCUCCUGACCCACAGUGGACCACCUCUUACUUCCACACUCCCUAGUUUCUGCGGACCCCUUGCAAGAUGUCUGACGAGUCCUCAAGCUUAUGAAAAUCAGGAACAGCUGAAAGAUGAUGAUUCUGAUCUUAUCUUGAAUGAUGGCGACAUUAGCUUGACGUAUGGUGAUUCUACUGUUAGCACUGACUCCAUGUCAGCCAGUGCUCCCAGGAGGCUUAUGGGAAAUACCUCUGAAGAUGUCCUGGAUCGAGAACUUGCAUUUGGGGACCAUGAACUUGUAAUUCGGGGAACCCGCCUGGUUCUUCCAAUGGAUGAUUCUGAGCCCCCAUUAAAUAUGUUAGAUAAUUCGAGGCAUGGACCAGCUUAAUAUGUCUGUUGCUCACUAACCUGACUGUAAAAUCUGCAUACGCAAUUGUGAAGAAAUGUGUACUACCUACCAAGUCCAAUGCAUGUAUCUGACCGUUUAAGCUGUAUAAAUCCUGUUUAUAUGGCAUAGCAAGAAUAUAUGUAUUCUGUACAGGACAGAUUGUGAACAAGCGGUUCUUUAACUUUAAAAAAAUCCCCUAUUGCCUGCACUUUGUGGAGUGGCAUUGUUUCCAGCCCCCCUGCAUAGUGAUAGUGUGGGUCCUGCUACCUUUCUUAACUCAGUACAAAAAGAGGCCGAGUUACUCAUUCUUCUAGUUACUUGACACUUAACCAAAAUGCCAGAUUUGUGGAGUAUAGGUUUAGUUGGAGAUGGGGGAGGGGGUGGUGUCUUUUUUUCCCAGAAGAGUUUGGGGGCAGGGUCUAUUUCAGAUAAUAGGAUUUCAGUGACACCCCAUGGGCCCUGCCUUUCUGUGCCAUUACAAAUAGCCUAUUCUGGUCUAGAGCACGAUUGCAGAACUGUGCUGGCUGGCUUCAGCUCUUGACUAUGUUCACCUGGGGGGAGAGGUCACAUGUUUCUCUAGGCCAGGAAGAGCCAGACUGAUGAGCACAGUCCAGUGCCCUUUGUAAAGGAUGGGGGGAAAUGACUUUGAAAUAAUUUUUAAAAAUUCCUCCUGGCCAGUAAGGACCGUGGAGGGUAUUGAACCCAGCUCUUUAUCCGUAUUGAAAGAUCUAUGUAGCAAGCACAUUCUUUGAGGGGAUUAGGGGUGGGAGGGUGGUCAUAAUAAAAUGGGGAUUUCAGAGGCCUCUCCUGAAAUAUAUAAAUAUUCUGCCUCAGAUAUAAAUUACCUUUAGAUGCUAAAUUGCUGCUUAAGUUUUGGUCAUGUAUGUGAUGCAUAAAGCAAGCUUUGUGGUUGGGCCCUUUCUCUUUCAGGCAUUAUUUAAGCCGCUUUUCUCCCUGUAAGCAGUAGACGUAGCACCCUCAAGUUGACCAUAUCCAAGUGUCAUUUGUGUAAUACUGUAGUUGAGAAUGAAAAUUAAUUUAUAGAUCUAUUAUCGCACUUGUGCCCACUCCCAGCAUCCAGUGGAAAUGGGACCCAACUGCUGUUGGGUAAACUGGAACUUGGCUUCAUCUCCAAGUCACGUUUCCAAAACUGAUUGCAAACUGAAAGGGAGAAGAAUGUUGCCUUUUCAGUAGUUAACAAUGUUGCACUUUGAGAACUCCUUAGCAUGCUUUGUGUCUAGUUGUCUUUAUUUCUCUAUUCCUUUUUAAUAUGAGAUACUUGAGCUGCCAUAUGUAUUUGAAAGUUUUUGUUUUUUCCUAGGAAGAGCAUAGAACAAAAUUUACAAUUUACAAUUCAGUUUAUUAUGAUGGAAAUUAUUUGAGAUGCAAUGAAUACUGAGAACUUUUUUUUUCCUUUUUUUCAAAUGCAAACGCUGACUACUUAUGUUUCAGGAAAAACAAUUCUACUCUACGGUUUUUUUUUGUUUUCUUUUGUUUUCUUGUAUCUGAGUAACAUUACCUUAAAUUGUUUUCCCCCUGGCUAGAACUGACCUCUUUGCUGUUCUAGUGUCCCAUUGCAAGUUUGUUCCAAGCAAGCUGUAUUCUUGCCCCCUGCUCUUUUUGUGUAUGUAGUAGAGGUUUGCACUUAGUUAUGGCAGUUUUAGCUUUUGAUGUAGCCAUUGGUACCAUAGUGCUAGUGACCUUCCUGCCAUGCAGGAAUUCUGUGACGUGUUCAUUUCUCUGAUGUUUGCUUCUUCAUGUAGUCAAAGAUUUUGUCAUUGUGUGUUUUGAGGUGCUGUAUCGCUUCCCCAUACUAUUAUACGUGUUUCAAAAGGAUAUUCAAUAAAGAUCUACCACUUUUUUAUGCUGU